GAUCAUAUCUUCCUCCCUUGCUUCACUCAAUUCCACGACCUUCUUACCUCUACUUCCCCUCCCCUUCUUCUAAAAUCCUACCCCCGAUCAUUUCCUUCUCCCGUAAACCAUAAUUCUCCUUUCGCUUUCCCCAGUAUCAAGACCUCCUCCUUCUCCUCCUAGGUUGCCUGAGCAGGUUGAAGAAUUUCAGUUCGUAUCUUCGGAUUAUUGCUGGAUUUGACGUGAGCAUAAUGGCGUCAAUGGUCAAUGGAUAGUACUGAUCACACUUUCGGAGGUUUCUCUUCUACAAAUUUUGGAUUCCAUAACGCUAAUCUUGCGGUGAGGAAGAGAAGCAGAUGUUGGCGGUGGAGCAGAGGUGCCACAGCGCCGCUCGUUGUGGUAAUUUCUAAUUACAUACCCCCCGUUCAUAGCCUCGUUUCCUGAUUACUGGAAAGAUAAGAAGUAAAAAGAGAAUGUCGAAUGCACUUAUCAAUGGCUUAGCCGGGGCAGGGGGCGGUAUCAUCGCCCAGAUCAUCACCUACCCCCUUCAAACUGUGAACACUCGGCAGCAGACAGAGAGGAUUGCAAAGAAGAAAAGAGCCUCACCGGAUCGUAAUGUCUUGUCUUUUUCUCCUGGAGGCCCUUCUUCACCCUUUGGCUGCGGCGGAACCCUCUUCCAAAUCCUCGAGGUUAUCCGAUCUGAAGGAUGGGGUGGGCUUUAUAGCGGCCUCAAGCCAUCUCUUGUUGGCACGGCUGCAUCUCAGGGUAUUUACUAUUACUUCUAUCAGCUACUAAAGAACAAGGCAGAAGCUGCAGCGCUUGCGCGCAAGAAGAAAGGACAUGGCGAUGGCACACUCGGCAUGUUCUCUUGGCUUAUAGUUGCGGCUAUUGCUGGGUCGGUGAAUGUACUAUUGACAAAUCCUAUAUGGGUUCUUGUGACUCGCAUGCAGACACAUACACAAGCAGAAAAGAAAAUGCUGGAGGCAAGGAAGGAGGAUAUGUUGAAGGAAUUUUCUGAAAAAAAUUCAUCUGAUAUUUCCGAUCUUAAGAGGAAAUUGGCUGAACUUGACUUGUUCAAACCUCAUCCUUAUGGAACAUUUCAUGCGGCACAUGAGAUCUAUCGUGAAGCAGGCAUAAAAGGAUUCUGGAAGGGGCUGGUUCCAACUCUUAUCAUGCAGGUUUGUAAUCCAUCCAUUCAGUUUAUGAUUUAUGAAAUGUCUGUAAAGCACCUUCAGUUGAAGCGUUAUGGAACUAAGCAUGAGGGUAAAAAACUAACUGCUUUGGAGGUUUUCUUGUUAGGGGCAUUGGCAAAAUUGGGUGCAACUAUCUCGACCUACCCUUUGUUAGUUGUUAAGUCUAGGUUACAGGCAAAGCAGGAAAUUGGAAGCAAUGCCAUGCUGAGAUAUACAGGUACUUUUGAUGCCAUCAAAAAGAUGAUCCGUUAUGAAGGACUCAAGGGAUUUUACAAAGGGAUGGGCACCAAAAUUGUGCAAAGUGUGUUUGCAGCUUCAGUUCUUUUCAUGGUAAAGGAGGAGCUGGUUAAGGCCUUAAUGUUUCUUGCUGAUGAAAGUCAGAAAAUCCUCCAUUAGAUUUAAGAACUUGUAGAGGAUGUUACACUUCCAAUGUUGUCUUAAUCUUACGGUCAGAAUAGCAGUUCAGAAGAUACGUAUACACAUUGUUUUUGGGAUAGAACAAACAGUCGAGCUAUUUAAUCCAUGUUUCCAUAUAUGAAAAUACAACUGUAAAAAUUUGUGGCUGCCGAUCUAUUUUAGGUUUCCCGCAGCUGAAUUUUUUGACA